CCGGCGGUCGGAGCGCAUAUCGCGUGUUGUUUGGUCGCGGUUUGCUGCGAGAUCACCGAGAUCUCGGUCUGCAGUCUGGCGAGUGCGAGAAUCGACACGCUCUCCACGGCGACCAACAUACGCCGUCAACUUUGUUUACCAUUUAAUUCGACAGGAGUCAUGUUGGUGAACAGAGGCAUUCAGAUAGCCAUAGUAGCAGCGCUGUUGUGGCAGGCGCGGACCGACGCCGCCUCCGCCGCGGUCAAGUUCUGCGGAAGACAGCUCGGCGAAAUCAUGAGCAGAGUUUGCCACGCGUACAAUAGUCCCUCGUGGGACAUACCCACAGUGGUAGAACAACACGGAACUUCUACAAGACGGAAAAGACAACUGGGCAUAGCAGACGAAUGCUGCACAAUUGGCUGUACGUGGGAACAGCUCAGCAAGUACUGCUCUAUCAGUGCGUAUUCUGAAUCUCCAUUGGACGAGUUGGAAGCGCACAUGAUCGCGGAUCGGUCAGCGGAGAACGCGGGCUCGGCGCCGGCGCUGGUGGGCAACGCGUUCGGUAGCGCGGCGGGGGCGGGGGCGGGAGCGGGAGCGGGAGCGGAGGCGGCGGCGAGCGAGGUGGGGCGGGGGGCGCGCGGGCGCACUGGCGGGUACGGGCGCGCUCGGGGGCGCCGCUGCUGGUGCCGGCGCAAGCGGCGCUCGGGCCGACGGCGAUCCUCUCUCAUGGGACCUCAUAAGAAGUGCAGCGCGCGCUGCGCCCGUGGUGGGCACCGUGUCUCCCCUUCUGACGUGGGGAAGAACCUUGAACACUGACUUGCCGCCGCUGGAGCGAGACCGCUACGCAUACGUCGCCAUUUACACAUAGUCUUAGGAUAUCUUAAACGGUACAAAUGACGUAAGCCGUAC